GCCGCGGCAGCGGGGCAUCGCCUGCAGCCCGGUGACUGGCGCCGGUAGGCGGUAGCCGGCGGCCGGAGCCGGGCGCGGCGGAGCCAUGCUGUCCAGGAAGGGGAUCAUCCCCGAGGAGUACGUGCUGACCCGCCUGGCCGAGGAUGUGCCGGAUCACGCCCGCUACCGCGCCCGGGAGCGGCGGGCCCGCUUCGUGGGCAAGAACGGUGCCUGCAACGUGGCCCACAAGAACAUCCGCGAGCAGGGCCGCUUCCUGCAGGACGUCUUCACCACGCUGGUGGACCUCAAGUGGCCGCACACGCUGCUCAUCUUCACCAUGUCCUUCCUGUGCACCUGGCUGCUCUUCGGCAUGGGCUGGUGGCUCAUCGCCUUCGCCCACGGUGACCUGGACCACAGCACCCAGGUGGAGCGGGGCGGGGACCCCGGGGGCUUCGUGCCCUGUGUGACCAGCAUCCAGUCCUUCACCUCCGCCUUCCUCUUCUCCAUCGAGGUGCAGGUGACCAUCGGGUUCGGCGGGCGCAUGGUGACCGAGGAGUGCCCGGCCGCUAUCCUGGUGCUGAUCGUGCAGAACAUCGUGGGCCUGGUCAUCAACGCCAUCAUGCUGGGCUGCAUCUUCAUGAAGACGGCGCAGGCCCACCGCCGGGCCGAGACCCUCAUCUUCAGCAAGCACGCCGUGAUCGCCCUGCGGGAGGGCAAGCUCUGCUUCAUGCUGCGGGUGGGCGACCUGCGCAAGAGCAUGAUCAUCAGCGCCACCAUCCGCAUGCAGGUGGUGAAGAAGACCACCAGCUUGGAGGGCGAGGUGGUGCCCCUCCACCAGAUCGACAUCCAGAUGGAGAACCCGGUGGGGGGCAACAGCAUCUUCCUGGUGGCGCCACUCAUCGUCUGCCAUGUCAUCGACCAGAACAGCCCCCUCUACGACAUCUCCCCUCUCCACCUCAACCACCAGGAGGACCUGGAAGUCAUCGUCAUCUUGGAAGGGGUGGUGGAGACCACGGGCAUCACCACCCAAGCCCGCACCUCUUACCUGGCCGACGAGAUCCUCUGGGGCCAGAGGUUCGUGCCCGUUGUGGCCGAGGAAGAUGGGCGAUACUCUGUGGACUACUCCAAGUUUGGCAACACGGUGAAAGUGCCCACCCCUUCUUGCACGGCCCGGGAGCUGGAGGAAAACAGAAGCAUCAUAGACACCAUGUUACAGUCGCCUAAAGGCACCAUUAGGAAGCGAACUGUCAGGUUAAAGCCCAAAUUUACCAUCUCUGAUGAGCCUUCCUGACACACGUGGUAGAGGAAACUCUGGUGGGGCUGUGUCCAAAACAUGCAAUAAGCACCAACUCUUGAGACUGCCUCUAUUUUUUCUUAUUCCGGUUGGUAGCACAAGGUAUGUGUUGUGUUAUUUAUUGCAGGACAAUUGUAUUCUGUUAUUAUUUGUAAAGGUGUGAGAGAUUUAAAGCAGCCUUGGAGGGGUGAAAAUGUUAAUCUGCUGUUUUAAUUUAAAAAUCCUGACUCUUGCAUUUAUUUGCAUGAUCAUUUUUGGACUGAGUCAUCCACAUGGGAAUCAGACCUUCCCUUGAAAAGUAACUUCAUAUGUGCCCUGGGAGGUUGCAAUAUUUAGGGCUUUGCAAUGUCUGUCAUCCAGACAGUAGUUUUUAACUGCUUUUCUGAAUAGAAACAUUAUCAUGAUGCAGAAAAAGCCUUUAACAGUUAUUAUUAUUAAUCUCAAAUCAGAACUUAAAUAAUAAUAAUAAAAAAGGUCAGGCAGUAAUUUUUAUGAGAAAGAUAAGUCUGGAUAUGAAGGUGCCUGUAUAAGUCAUGGUACUUUGUCUUGCAGAAAUAAACUUACAGAUUUAAUUUAGACCAUAUUGUACUGUCUGGAUCCAUUGACUGCAAGUGCAGUAGGAGAGUCAUUUGUAUACGUAUUUUUGUAUCUUUUCAAACUCUUCUACAGUGCCUCAAAAGAGGAUAUGUUAUCUCUAUUUCUGAUAGCGAGUGAUGCACCUAUGGUUUCUAAAAGGGUUUGUCUUUACAAAGCAGAACAGAUAUUAAUUGAUGUUAUGUAACUGAAAUUAAUUAUGGAAAAGAAAAAUACCUUCAUCGAUUGCAAACAAACAAAAAGCCCAGCCACAACAUGCUAGGGCACCUGUGAGAAUUCAUCCCCCAAUGAUUUCAAUCAGAUAACAAGGGAGUAUAAAUUUUAUCAAAGACCUUACCUAGAAAGUGUUUUGCAAUGAAAAAAGCAGUCAGGACUCAUGGUAGAUAUGAUAUGUUUUAUUAGACCAACAAGAUGUUUGCAGAGAACUGUCUUUACUUGCAGGCUUUCAGGCACAAACACCCUUCAUCAGGCAGUUUUCAAUUAAAUAAAUUUUUUUGCAAACAUCUUGUUGGUCUAAUAAAAGAUAUCUCUACCACGAGUACCGAUUGCUUUUUUCUCUAGACCAAUAUGGCUACAACCGGGAUACUUUUUACGGUGAAAUAGCAGAUGCAAAUUAUAUCAAAUGGUAUUUGCCUGCAAUUAGCAAGACCCCUUAAUUUUAUUUUAAUUUAGUUUUAGUUUUAAGAAUGAUUCAAGAGCAUUUUGUUCUGAGGCAAGGGCGGGAUGUAUAGGAUAAUGCAGCCUACUUCCGGGAUGUCAGAUCACAGCACAUACCAUUGUUGUGAAGACUGCACCCUUUUCAUUUAGGGCCUGAUCAUGAAUUAAUUUUUGCACAACUUCGAAUUCCACCUGCUCCCUUUGAUUUUGAUUGUGCUCCGAAUGCAAGAUCAGGCAUACAAUGAAAAAAAACACACCAUUAAUUCACUAAGUUUUCUUUUUUAGCAGUCCCUGUUAACCUGAUCCAGCAAAUCUUCCACCUGGAGAGUUCCCAUUAAGAACAAUGGCAGUUUUCUGUGUGGAGGGCUUGUACGAUAGGGGCCUGAUAACAUCCUUAUAACAUAUUCUUGAUAAGCACUGCAGACUGCCAUUGAAAUCAAAGAAGAUGUUGUCUGAAUAAGGCAUCAAUAGAGAUGGCAGACUGGUCUUGGUGACACAAAAGAUGAGAUGGUACUGUAUCACAGGCCUCUGUGUGAGGUUGCAUUGUUCUCUUUAACGAAUCUCUGUAUGGGAAUUCCUUGCAUCUUACAAAAUUAUCGCAAUAUUCUUUUGAAAACAGUUUGUCUUGUGGCCAGUUUUUACACAACUUUUCAGUAUAACAAAGCACAAAUGCAUGCAAUAGUAAAGAAGAAAAAAAAGGAAAAGAGUUGCAUACUUACUAAAUAAGAAUUUGUGAUAAAAUGAAAUAAUUUCGAUAAUAAAAAUCUCAGUACAUUAGAAACAUUAUUUUUAUCAUUAAUAGCUAUAAAUCUCACAGGUUAAGUAAGGCUUGCACUUAUGCUAUCCAGACAGCCAGCUAAACGAAUACUUAGAAACAUGUUAAUAUGUGUCCAAGUUUCCAAAGUCGUAACCUAAUGGGCGCAUCUACACAUGUGCUUUAAUGCGUGGUAGACUAUUUUACUGCAUAUUACAGAUUAAAGCGUCGUAUAAAAAACCAUGACAUUAUGUUAAUGUGCAGUAAAAUAGUCUACUGUGCAUUAAGCAUCACUAAAAAAGCAUGCAAAUGCACUACUGCACAUUAGCGCAGCCUAAUGCUCAUUAAUUUAGUAGCUUACAUUGGAGGUACAAAAUAUAAUGUGCAUUAGAAAAGGCGCAUUAAUGUAUGUGUAGACACGCCCACUAUUAAUAUUAUUUUGAAGUGCACUUAAAGUGUGGUAGGCGUUUCACAGUGAGAAGACAUAACAGGCUUGAAAAAUUGGAGUUCAACAGCAUUAAUAUGUAAUUUGCAAGGGAAAAUUGAAAAUUAAAAUGUAAAGCUUGGUAAAGGGAAAAAAAGCUCUAUUAGGAAAUGGUAAAAUUUGUUCUAAUUAUUAAAGUCUUUUUGUGAAAUUCAGUUUAACUGCACCAUCAUUUUCCCUCCCUCUCUAUUACUGCAUCUCUGUCAGUCUUCACUUGGAGAUUAUUUACGGUAGAUCUGUUUCUCAUGGGUAUGCGUGAAAAGCAUAUGUAUAUAAUAACCCUUUGAAGUUUCUACAUCCGCCUUACCAACUGUCACUGUUCUGCUGUCAUAUCACUAAAAGAUGCAUAGAUGAAAUAUCACACAGGGAAGUUUCAAAUGACCUGAAGAGUCCCUGUAUUAUUUUCUGUCUAUAUAGUGCCUUAUUUCGGUACAUAAAUACUUACAAAUGUUUAUUGACAGAAAAUGCUUGGAGACUGUUGUUCUUCUAACAUUUUUUUUAAGUUUUGACCUAUAUGAGAAGCAAUUUCAGGAAGACUACUAGCCAAAUAAACCUUCUAUUCAGAAACAGAUUCAAACCUCUUGUUUCCUCAAGGAAGUUGGUACCACAGAAAUAACCUGCAUUUUCUUUGUACUCUGAAAGACAGAAAGGUGGGGAGCUGAACUGCCUUAAGGACUUUCUUUUAUGUCAUCACUGCAGAAAGCACCUGAAUAACCAGCAAUGUGAGGGUAAGAGACAGCAAAGAAAAGGAUCCCCAGGAAUAUAAAAAGAGAAGAAUCUCACAAUAAAGGUUUCCGUGGGCAAUUAAUUUAAUCAAAACCUUUGCAAGUCUGUUAAUGGGAAUUCUUUUUUGUUUCUUUUUCAUUUAAAUUAUUUUGUGCUUUAAUGGUUUGAAACAUAUCACUGUAUAUUGGGGCAUCAUAAAGCAACAAAAGCAGAAAGUUUCAAAGUGACUGGGGACAGAAAACAUUUGCAAAGACUGUUUUAUUUUCUUGCCAUCAAGUUGUUUACAAAAUAUUUGAUAAUACCCUAAAUCCAGAAUUGUCUGUGAAUUUACACUUAACACUAAACAAGCAACUUUUCCUUAACAAGCUUUCCAGAUAGCAGGUUAGUGCUAUUAUUCUUUAUUUAUUAAAAAUCCUUUAUUUCA